AUGCACUUUGGAACGAGCACCAAGCCCUUUGAGAGCGGGCAGUACCUGGACAUCUACGGCAUCACCAGAGACCAGGCUGGGGAGUACGAGUGCAGUGCAGAGAACGAUGUCUCAGUGCCAGACGUGAGAAAAGUAAAAGUGACAGUGAACUUUGCCCCCACAAUUCAGGAACUAAAAUCCAGCGGUGUGAUGCUUGGAGGGAACGGCCUGAUCCGGUGUGAAGGUGCAGGAGUGCCUGCCCCGGGCUUUGAGUGGUACAAAGGAGAGAGGAAACUGAUCAAUGGUCAACAAGGAAUCACUAUUAAAAAUUAUAGUACAAGAUCCCUUCUUACUGUUACCAAUGUGACAGAAGAGCACUUUGGCAACUAUACUUGUGUCGCUGCCAACAAGCUAGGGACGACCAAUGCCAGCCUGCCUCUGAACCCUCCCAGUACAGCCCAGUACGGCAUCACCGGGCACGCCGAGGUGCUGCUCUCCUGCUGGUCCCUGGUGCUGGCGCUCUCCUCCCUCAGCAGCGUGUUCUACCUGAAGAACAUCCUCCUGCACCACCUGUAAAAGACCCAAAGGAGGCUUUUAAGGAUUGUGUGGAAAAGCGCUGAUGGCUGGAUCCAACCCGGUAGAGUUUGUGAAAAGCGGCGUGGGAUGUAACCAGUGCUGACACGGGGAUGAUCGCCUUCUGUGGAAUUGCUCAUUAUGUAAAUACUUUAAUUCGACUCCUUUUUCUUUUUUUUUUUUCUUUUCUUU